UAUUCUAUUCUUUCCUUCCCAUUCAAACAUCCAGUUAGGGUUUUGAUGACUAAUUUCUACCUUUGUGGCAUACUGGAUUACUGGCAUUCUCUUCAUAUUAUUCUAGCUUGCUAUAUAACCAUAUAAAAACUUCAGGUUUCUCUAGUCUCUUUAUAAUUUUAUUUUAUUUUAUUUUUUAUUUUUUGGAGAAUACACUAGUUUGUUUGUCAUUUUAAGUUAGGUAUUUGAUGACUAAUUGACUAAUUUCAAUGAACAUCAAUAAGAUACAGAAUGACCUGGCUGAUUCUGUUACAGGUGUUGAAUAAUAUAGAAGGUGUUAGAAAUCCAUUGCCUCCUGCAGUGCACAACUUCUAUGUUCUGAUUGAGACCACAGGGAGUGAUGAAUCCUAUGAUAGAGAGAGGCUUGAGACGUUCUUGUUUGGCUUGAUGGAAAGUGGUUUAAUAUUAGAUGGUGUGGUUGCACAAGACAUUAAUCAAGUAUCUUCAUUUUGGCGUAUCCGUGAGGUUUCAACCUUAACCUUUCUUUUGUUUUUCCCAUAUAUGUAAUGAUGAUUGCCCAUUUUAUAUGUCUUUUUCCAAAAAAAAAACUUCUUUGCUGCCAUCUUUUAAACAACCAUCAUCUGUGCGUUUUGAACUUUACUCAUGUUGAUUGUGGCCUUGGUCUAUUAUAAUUUAUAAUUUAGUUCAAUUAUAUUUCUAUUAUUUUUUUCAAUUUUACGUGUAGGUGCAUGAAGAGUUAAAUGCAGCGGAAGAAUAGUGAGUAGUCAUCUAACAAAUGGUGCAUAUAUGUUGGCGACUCUUAUUCAAGUUCCGGCUUUGUGAAGAUUUGGAAAUUUUGGCUUAUUGGACGAUUAAAUGCUUUAUAUAACUUUUAUUUUUUAUUAGUAGGGUAUGUCAUACCAAAAACAAGCGAGUAAUAUUUUGUAAUGUACGUAUUUCGCAUUAUAAUUAUUAUAUAUAAAUGAUACUUUAUUUUGUUUUUUGUUAGUAUAUUUAGAUUUGUACUGACUAAUUAUACAUAUAUUAUAUUACCAUUCCUUCCCAACAAAAAACAAAAAAAAAAAAAAAAAGAUCAAUCCGUUGCAGUAGAUACGUACUCCUAUCAUUGUAUUAAUUAGCUUCAU